AUGGCGACCUCACAACCCAGAUUAACAGCAGCAAUUCUGAUCAUCUCAGAAACAGCUUCCAAAGACCCAUCAACAGAUAAAUGCAUCCCCGCGCUAUCACAAGUCUUUUCCGACCUCGGAUCCUCCAAUUGGACCAUCUCAACCACAACAAUUGUCCCAGACUCCAUCCCUGCAAUUCAAGACGCCAUUCUCAAGUCUUGCAAUGAGGAAAUCAAUCUGAUUAUCACCUCUGGCGGCACUGGUUUUGCAGUCAAAGAUGUAACNCCCGAAGCAGUGACGCCGUUACUGGAAAAGCAAGCGCCGGGGUUAGUGCACGGAAUGCUUGCUAGUAGUCUACAGGUAACGCCAUUCGCGGUCAUGAGCAGACCUGUAGCGGGGGUUAGAGGAAAGAGUUUGAUUAUCACGUUGCCGGGGAGUCCCAAGGGUGCGAAGGAGAAUUUGGAGGCGGUGUUUAAGUUACUCAGUCAUGCUUGUUUGCAAGCUAGUGGGGGUGAUUCGAGACAGAUGCAUCAGGGUGGUGUUAAGAAGUUGGAGAAGGAGGCGGGGGUGGGUGGUGCUGAGAAGGUUGGUGGACAUGGACAUAGUCAUGGACAUCACAGUCAUGGAUGUGGACGCGACCAUGGACAUGGAGGUCAUCAUGGUCCUAAGGCUCAUACCACACCCGACGAUCGACCCCAGCAAUCCAACGAUCCUUCUCAAGGACCAAGCAGGAGAUACAGACACUCGCCAUACCCUAUGCUCUCUGUCGCCGAUGCUCUACAGCAGAUUGACCUUCACACACCUUCACCCACCGUUAUCACGCUCCCAGUCAAUGAGUCCCUGGUUGGCCAUGUCCUGGCUCAAGAUGUGACAGCACCAGAAUCAGUACCUGCUUUCCGCGCCAGCAUCGUAGAUGGCUACGCCGUCAUCGCUGGCCCAAAUGCUCCCGGCACCAAAGGCACUUUCCCUGUUGCCAUGAUCUCUCACGCUCAAGCUGGAGAACAUCAAGAACUCCAACCAGGUCAAAUUGCUCGAAUCACUACCGGUGCUCCUCUCCCUCCCGGCGCCACUAGUGUCGUGAUGGUCGAAGACACAAUCCUCGUCUCCAAAACUGAUGACGGCACAGAAGAAAAGGAAGUCGAGAUCUUGACUUCUGAAAUUGAAGUCGGAGAAAACGUCAGAGAAGUAGGUUCAGACGUUCAAUCUGGCGAGAUCAUUAUGCANAAAGGCGAAGGUAUCUCUGCUAUUGGCGGAGAGUUUGGAUUACUGGCUUCUGUGGGUGUCAAGCAGGUCUCUGUGUACAAGAAACCCGUCAUUGGCGUUUUGAGCACUGGAGACGAGAUUGUGAAUCACGAUCGCGAGGGAGAACUCAAGCGAGGAGAAGUCAGAGAUACCAAUCGUCCUACUCUACUUACCGCUAUUCGUGGCUCGGGCUUCGAAGCCAUAGACUUGGGAGCUCUAGAACAAUCCCUCCGCGACGCGACCCGCAAAGUCGAUGUCAUCAUCACUUCUGGCGGUGUCAGUAUGGGCGAACUCGAUCUCCUCAAACCAACCCUCGAACGCCAACUCGGCGGCUCCAUCCACUUCGGCCGCGUCGCCAUGAAACCAGGUAAACCCACGACCUUCGCCACUGUCCCCGUAAAAGCCAACGACGGCUCUCGAAUCAACAAAGUCGUCUUUUCGCUACCUGGAAACCCUGCUUCGUGCGUGGUCACCUACCACCUCUUCGUUUUGCCAGCACUGCACAAAAUAGCUGGUGUGGAGCCUAGGGGUUGUGCUAGAGUCAAGGUACAAGUAGAUGCUGAAGUCAAGCUAGACAAGCAAAGAGAUGAGUUCCACCGUGCGGUAGUCAAAGCUGGGAAUGAUGGCUUGUUGCACGCUGUUUCCACAGGCGGACAACGGAGUUCAAGGAUUGGAAGUUUCAAAGGUGCAAAUGCUUUGUUGUGUUUACCUGCUGGCGAGGGAAUCAUCAACAAGGGCGAAAUGGUCGAAGCGUUGUUGAUGGGAAAGCUGGUUGGUGAGGUUUGA